AUGCAACAACCAUGUUCUAGUCACUUGGAAGCUGCUCAUCGUGUCGUACGUUAUCUUAAAGGUACUGUUAGCACUGGCAUUUUUCUUUCUGCCACUAGUUCUUUAUCCCUUACCGGUUAUACAGACUCUGACUGGGCAGGGUGUCCCACAACUCUUCGAUCAACGACAGGAUACUUUACAAUGCUAGGUGAUAGUCCUAUUUCUUGGAAAUCCAAGAAACAACCAACCAUAUCACUCUCUUCUGCCGAGGCAGAAUAUCGUGCUCUUGCCAGACUUACCUCUGAAUUGCAAUGGUUACAUUAUCUCUUUCAGGAUCUUCGCAUUCAUAUUCCGAAGCCUAUUCCAGUUUAUUGCGACAAUCAAGUCGCUUUUCACAUCUCUGAGAAUACAGUCUUUCACGAAUGA